AUGAGAAUAACAAACAAGGCAUCUCUCUGUAUAUUGCUAGAUGUAUUGGCCGUCAUAAACACAGCCAAUGGUUUGUAUAUAGACAAGAGGCAGCAAAAGGACGCCGUGAAAACGCCCUCCCUCCCCAAUUUACGCCCACUCGUCUGGGGUGAUGUGAAUUUUAUCCAUACGACGGAUACGCAUGGCUGGUUAGAGGGUCAUGUGUUGGAAGGCACAUUUAAUGGAGAUUUGGGUGAUUUCUACUCUUUUACGGCUAAAAUGAAGCAAAAGGCUCGUUUGUUGAAAAAGGAUCUGUUUAUUGUAGACACUGGAGAUACACAUGACGGCAAUGGCUUGAGCGAUAUCACCGAUCCGAGAGGUUUGCUGUCGCAGCCACUUUUGACAAACAUUCCCUACGAUCUCUUGACAAUCGGUAACCACGAACUUUACGUAAAUGAUGUCACUGUAGAUACAGUGUACAACUUCAUCCCACACUGGAAGGACAGAUAUUUAGCCGCCAAUGUCUAUUUUAAAGACAUCAACAACAACAAGACAGUUCCAAUUGGCUCCAAAUUCACCUACUUUGAAGGAGAGUUUGGCACCCGAGUUUUGGCGUACGGUUUCUUAUUUAAUUUUCAAAAGAAUGGAGAUAGAUCUGUCGUACGAAAUGUGAAAGACGAGAUACAAGAGGCUUGGUUUAAACAAUCAUUAGAAACUCAUCUGCCAGAUAUCAUUGUGUUGAUUGGACAUAUUGGUUUAAGGUUCGAAGAGUUUUAUAUUCUCAUCGAUGCCAUCCGCGAAUACUACCCAACGAUCCCCAUUGCGGUAUUGGGAGGACACACCCACAUUAGAGAUGCUGUCAAAUACGAUCCUUGGGCGGCAGGAAUCGAAUCGGGCAGAUAUUUGGAAACAAUAGGCUUUUUUUCAGUUGAGGGAGUCUCUAAGAAUGCCGACUCUAGAACACCUGCUAAUGUUACAUUUCAUCGACGCUAUCUUGAUCAGAAUCGGCCAACCUAUCAAUUUCAUUCCUCCUUAGAUGAGAAUCAUGUAGCAACAGACAGCGAAUUCGAUACCCCAUUGGGGAUCCAAAUGACGAACGUCAUCUCCGAGCUUCGCAGCACAUAUGACCUCUCCAAGAAGUUGGGAUGUGCCCCUCAAGAUUACAAGCUGCAGACUGCUCAUCCGAAUCAAAACACCAGUGUGUUCCAUUUGUUGACGCAAGAGGUUCUUCCGUGGGUGGUUGCUGAUAAGAAUCGACCCAAUCCUGUGUACUUUCUGAUCAAUACAGGCGGUGUUCGAUAUGACAUUUUCAAGGGGCCGUUUCUACUUGAUAACAUGUAUCAACUAUCUCCUUUUGAAGAUGCCUUCUAUGCGAUCGAAGAUGUUCCAUACAGCAUUGUGCGGCAACUCCUUCCAAAACUGAAUCAUGAAGGAGAGCAAGCGUUUAGAAAAAGACGGGAAAUUUGGCCCUACAUGGCAGAAAAAUCAGAGUUUGCAAAGAGAGACGGUUUUGUUCAAUUAAGAGACCAAAGCAGCAUUCAGGACAGUGGCGAUAGGCAUAACCUUGUUCCUGGGUAUGUCACCACGGAUGACUUUGGUAUUGAUGGCGAUGACACUGCUCACAUCCCUGUCCCCGACUUUCCAUUACCCGCAUUUGUAGGGUCAAGCCUCCCCAAGGAUACUGCCGAUGGUGAUUUGAUCGAUGUCGUCUAUCUGGAUUUUUUUGAUAAACAACUGAGGGCUUUGCUUUUCGAUUUAUCUGGGAAAAGCUGGGCUGCCAAUAUGGAAUAUGGUGAUACUAAUGUCACCAGCAGCACAAUGUGGGUCUAUUUUGCUCAAACUUACUGGAAUACUACUUUGGCGUGCUGA